AUGCUUGCCAUCAAGAACCAGCUCGCCGCCGUUGGCCUAGCCAUGCUGAGCGUUGCCCCUGCUUUUGGCAGCGCUCCGCAGGCUGCUGACGUCUGGACCAUCACUGGCUUCAGCGCUUCCUACACCUGGGAGAAUAACCGCACUGCCAGCAUCGACUUUGACCUCUUUGUCCCCAACACCGCCGACGGUGCCCCCAACCACUGCUCCAUCGCCAUCCCCGGCCUCGAGGCCAUUCUGCUUCCCAACGUCACCGAUGCCAACUGCGACAGAGUCGGAUACAAGUUUGACUUCACCCUCUACACCAUGACCGGCGGCUUGUACUCGGGCGCCGAUCUCUGCGUCUAUGGAGGCGACUCUGUCCGCCGUCACUACAUUAGCGAUGGCGACUUUGUCUUGGUUCCUUACUAUGAGGAGGAUGGCACCGAGCACCCCGACAUCGAGUACCGAGGUGCUUCCGAGUUUGACUUGGACAUGGCUUAG